ACUUAUCAAUAUUAGUGUAGUUAGCAAAUUAUUUUUAUUUACAAAAAUGAAUGCCUGAUUGUUUGAUUAAACCUAUUAUAAAAUGUAUAAUAUCUUUUUGGGAAAAUUAAAAGUUUUAAGUUAUGCCAUUUUUUGAAGCUAGGCCAGGUACCGAUUUUUGUUUUUAGAACCGGUGAUAUUAUUGGCAGUGGUUGCUGUUUUUCAUAAUUGCUAAUAGUUUUUAAUGCUAGCCUUAAACGCAUUUCACUUGUUUUACUCUUGAGUAAAGUGGAUUAAGUAUCGGUAACGUUUAAAGGAAGAAAUGUCGAAGUCAAAAGGGAACCGCAAGUCCAAGUCGAUGAUCAACGAAGUGGCGACACGUGAGUACACAAUAAAUCUUCACAAGAGGCUUUUCGGCAUUGGAUUCAAAAAGAGAGCGCCGAGGGCCAUCAAAGCUAUCCGAGAGUUCGCCAAAAAGCAUAUGGGCACUCCGGAUGUCCGCAUAGACACCCAUUUGAACAAAGAAGUAUGGAGGAAAGGCGUUCGAAACGUGCCGUACAGACUGCGAGUGAGGCUCGCCAGGAGGAGGAACGACGACGAAGACUCGCCGAACAAGUUGUACACUUUGGUCACCUACGUCCCAGUCGCUUCUUUUAAAAAUUUGCAAACGAAGAAUGUCGACGUCAAUCAAGAAUGAGUUAUAAUUAAUACUCUGAAUUGAUUUUUUACUUGUACUAUGUUAUAAGAAAUAUAGUGUUUCUGACUAA